AUUGAUAAAAUUAAUAAUAUUCAUCCCAAUUAAAAUGAAUCCUUUGGUAGCAUUCACAUUUGAAUUGUGUUUAUACUAUAGGUGUUAAAUUUUACCAGUAAACAUUUCAAAGACUUUAUUAAAUUGAUCCAUAUUUUUGAAUGGACUUAUGAAAAGUCUUGUUUUAUUAAAAUGUUAUACCAUAUGCAAUUUUAGAGGGCCGAGGAUAUUUUGAGCCCCAACUAAAAUUAAACCAGUGCAUUUGUGAAAUUGCUUUGCUUUGCUCUUGCAUUUUCUUUGUUCUGUAUUUGCUCUCUCUCUCUCUCUCUCUCUCUCUCUUUUUAUUGUAGAUUCUUGUGCUAGUUGCAGGUCAAUAGGAACUCUAUUGAAAAUGGGCCCAGUCAGUGCAGAGGCUGAUGAGAACCAGACCGUGGAAGAAAUGAAGGUGGAACAGUAUGGGCCAGGGCAAACCACUCCUAGAGGGGAACUGGUCCCUGACCCUGAGCCAGAGCUUAUAGACAGCACCAAGCUGAUAGAGGUACAGGUUAUCCUCAUAUUGGCUUAUUGUUCCAUCAUCUUGCUUGGGGUCAUUGGCAACUCCUUGGUAAUCCAUGUGGUGAUCAAAUUCAAGAGCAUGCGCACAGUGACCAACUUUUUCAUUGCCAACCUGGCUGUGGCAGAUCUUUUGGUGAACACCCUGUGCCUACCAUUCACUCUUACCUACACCUUAAUGGGGGAGUGGAAAAUGGGCCCCGUUCUAUGCCACCUGGUGCCCUAUGCACAGGGCCUGGCAGUACAGGUGUCCACAAUCACCUUGACAGUGAUUGCCUUGGACCGGCAUCGGUGUAUUGUCUAUCACCUAGAGAGCAAGAUCUCCAAGCGCAUCAGCUUCCUGAUUAUUGGCUUGGCCUGGGGCAUCAGUGCCCUGCUGGCAAGUCCCCUGGCCAUCUUCCGGGAGUAUUCGCUGAUUGAGAUCAUUCCAGAUUUUGAGAUUGUGGCCUGCACUGAGAAGUGGCCCGGUGAGGAAAAGAGCAUGUAUGGCACUAUCUACAGUCUUUCCUCCUUGUUGAUCCUGUAUGUUUUGCCUCUGGGCAUCAUAACUUUUUCCUACACUCGUAUCUGGAGUAAACUGAAGAACCAUGUCAGCCCAGGAGCUGCUAAUGAUCAGUACCAUCAGCGGAGGCAAAAAACCACUAAAAUGCUGGUGUGUGUGGUGGUGGUGUUUGCGGUCAGUUGGCUGCCCCUCCAUGCCUUCCAGCUCGCUGUGGACAUUGACAACCAGGUGCUAGACCUGAAGGAAUACAAGCUAAUCUUCACGGUGUUCCACAUCAUCGCCAUGUGCUCCACCUUCGCUAACCCCCUUCUCUAUGGCUGGAUGAACAGCAACUACAGAAAGGCUUUCCUCUCCGCCUUCCGCUGUGAGCAGCGGAUGGAUGCCAUUCACUCUGAGGUGUCCGUGACAUUCAAGGCUAAAAAGAAUCUGGAAGUCAAAAAGAACAGUGGUCCCAAUGACUCUUUCACAGAGGCUACCAAUGUCUAAGGAAACUGAGAUGUGAAAAUAUAUGUAUGACUUCUGACCCGAGCUACAAAUCUGGUUGAGAAAGGCUCACAAGUGCAUCUCGAUGUCCCGUUUUAAGGAAGACAGAAUCUAUGAAUGGAAGCAUCUGCAGUUCAAUCCCUGAAAAUAACAGAUUGGCUGAGCCUAAGUGAAAAUACUCCAGUUCAAAGAUAAAGCAACAAAAUGGUUUGUUUACGGUUGCUUGGAUGGUAGGUUGAAUUAUGAGUACAAACAGAGAGAAAUACUUUUGGCCAUUUUCUCAGAGUGGGGAAACAAACAAAAACAAAAACU